GGCUGGGCUCGGCCUGGCCGAGGAAGGCUGAGAUCAAGCCGCCGAAGCCCUGCAGCUAGCCCUAUCGGCCCCGCGCCACGCCCCGCCCACCCCGCCCAGCGAAGGGCGCGCCCGGGCGAGGCGGGGCCCAGAGGAAAAGGCGCCACCGGAGAAUGGUGUCUGCUAGCAUCGCCGGAGGGAGACAGAGAACCCCUUGAGCCUCAGCCCACCGGCGCCGCGGCGUCCCCCUCCCACUCGCUAGGCCACCUCUCGCCCACCCCCUGCUGCGAGCCAAGGCCGGCGCCCCUCUCGGAGAUGGGUAGACGCGUGGAUGGCAAGGCUCCCAGCGCCGCCAGAUCACAGGAGCCCGGUGCCGGGGCGCUGCGCUGAGGCUCCCACUUGGCGCAUCCCGGGAAGCCUGCAGGUGUCCUUGGCCGCUUGGCCGCCACCCGAGAGACUUCUUCACCAGUGCCCAGAUCCCAGCUCCCCGGAGCAGUCCUGCCCCCUGGGCUUGGCGCAGCCAGGACGCCCCGUCUGAGGCCCCCUUCGCCCCAGCGCAGCCUCCGCCGCACACCACCCAACCCAGCGCCGUUCCCAGCCGCUGCCAGCCGCGGACGCAGGACCUGAGGCUCGCUCCUGCGGGUGCGCUUGUUUUCCUGCUGCCGCCUCGCCCUGCGCAGCCCCCGCCCGCCCGAUCGCCGCGCUCAGCUCAGCCCCGCCCGCCAUCGGUGCCCUGCGCUGGAUUUAUGAAUGGGGGAUAGAGGCCACAUGCCGCCGCCGCCGCCUUGUGUUGACCGCACAGAGCCCGGGCCCGCGGAGCUCCGGCUGCCGUGAGAGCGUCGGCCCGGCCCCGGCAGCUGGUCGGAAGACUUGUUGCUGCUGCACUGCCGCCACCACCACCGCGGGGAAGCCGGCCGCUACCGGGGCUCGGCGCGGUCAGGGAGCCAGAAGGUGGCCCGUGAGAGUGUGAGCGCGCGCGCGCCCCGGAGCCUCGCGGUGCGCGGGGACCGUGCGCCUCCUUGCCUUCUGGGGGUAAAGUGGGGGUGUGUCCCGGGCGCAGAGCGUCUGAGUGUCCAGUCCCAGCGCGGGAGCGUGUGUGUGCUUGCCCCUGCUCCACCCCCGCCACCUCCGGCCCCUCGCUGGGGUUCUCGGCUCUCCUUCCCCCCUUCUGCCUCCCGCCCCGGGCUGCCUGCCCAAACCCCAACCACCUGUGCACCAACUCCUCCCGCUCCGUGCCCCGGGGGGGAGGCAGGGGCAGGGCCACGCCGCAGAGGGGGCUGCCGCCGCCUCCUGCCUCCUUGUCGUCUCCUCCCCCUCCCCCGUCUGACGCUGCCUCCUCGGGAAGGGUGUUUGGAGGGCAGCGGCCGCCCCAAGCCGAAGCCCCGCAGCGCUUCUUAUGAUCAGCUCGGUGUGUGUCUCCUCCUACCGCGGGCGCAAGUCGGGGAACAAGCCUCCGUCCAAAACAUGUCUGAAGGAGGAGAUGGCCAAGGGCGAGGCGUCGGAGAAGAUCAUCAUCAACGUGGGCGGCACGCGACAUGAGACCUACCGCAGCACCCUGCGCACCCUGCCGGGCACCCGCCUCGCCUGGCUGGCCGAUCCGGACGGCGGGGGCCGGCCGGAGUCCGAUGGCGGCGGCGCGGGCAGCAGCGGCAGCAGCGGCGGCGGGGGCUGCGAGUUCUUCUUCGACCGGCACCCGGGCGUCUUCGCGUACGUGCUCAACUACUACCGCACCGGCAAGCUGCACUGCCCCGCCGACGUGUGCGGGCCGCUCUUCGAGGAGGAGCUCACCUUCUGGGGCAUCGACGAGACCGACGUGGAGCCCUGCUGCUGGAUGACCUACCGGCAGCACCGCGACGCCGAGGAGGCGCUGGACAUCUUCGAGAGCCCGGACGGAGGCGGCAGUGGCGUGGGACAGGGUGACGAGGCCGGCGACGAGGAGCGGGAGCUGGCCCUGCAGCGCCUGGGGCCCCACGAGGGAGGCGCGGGCCCAGGAGCCGGGUCCGGGGGCUGCCGAGGCUGGCAGCCCCGCAUGUGGGCGCUCUUCGAGGAUCCCUACUCCUCCAGGGCGGCCAGGGUGGUGGCCUUCACCUCUCUCUUCUUCAUCCUGGUCUCCAUCACCACCUUCUGCCUGGAGACACACGAGGCCUUCAACAUUGACCGCAACGUGACGGAGAUCCACCGCGUGGGGAACAUUACCAACACGCACUACCGGGUCGAGGUGGAGAUCGAGCCCAUCCUGACCUACAUCGAGGGCGUGUGCGUGCUGUGGUUCACGCUGGAGUUCCUGGUGCGCAUCGUGUGCUGCCCGGACACGCUGGACUUCGUCAAGAACCUGCUGAACAUCAUCGACUUUGUGGCCAUCCUGCCCUUCUACCUGGAGGUCGGGCUGAGCGGCCUGUCGUCCAAGGCGGCCCGCGACGUGCUGGGCUUCCUGCGGGUGGUCCGCUUCGUGCGCAUCCUGCGCAUCUUCAAGCUCACGCGCCACUUCGUGGGGCUGCGCGUGCUGGGCCACACCCUGCGGGCCAGCACCAACGAGUUCCUGCUGCUCAUCAUCUUCCUGGCGCUGGGUGUGCUCAUCUUCGCCACCAUGAUCUACUACGCCGAGCGCAUUGGCGCCAGGCCCUCCGACCCGCGGGGCAACGACCACACGGACUUCAAGAACAUCCCCAUUGGCUUCUGGUGGGCUGUGGUCACCAUGACGACACUGGGCUACGGGGACAUGUAUCCCAAGACGUGGUCGGGGAUGCUGGUCGGGGCGCUGUGUGCACUGGCCGGGGUGCUCACCAUUGCCAUGCCGGUGCCGGUCAUUGUCAACAAUUUCGGCAUGUACUACUCCCUGGCCAUGGCCAAGCAGAAGCUGCCCAAGAAACGUAAGAAGCACGUGCCGAGGCCGCCCCAGCUCGAGUCACCCGUUUACUGCAAGUCAGAGGAGACCUCGCCUCGGGACAGCACCUACAGUGAUACCAGCCCCCCUGCCCAGGAAGAGGGCGUGGUUGAGAGGAAGCGGGCAGAUUCCAAGCAGAACGGCGAGGCCAACGCGGUGCUGUCUGACGAGGAGGCAGCGGGCCUCACCCAGCCGCUGGCCUCCGCCCCCAGCCCCGAGGAGCGCCGGGCCCUGCGCCGCUCCGGCACCCGAGACAGGAACAAGAAGGCCGCCGCCUGCUUCCUGCUCAGCGCUGGGGACUAUGCCUGUGCUGACGGGAGCGUCCGGAAAGGCUGUGAAAAGUCCAGGAGUCUAAACAACCUAUCAGCAGCGGCUGCAACCAGCCUGGGGCUGUCUCCACUGGCAUCGAGAUUCAGCUCGCCCUACCCUCCAAGAAAGCUCCUGUUCUCCCUCCCCACCCGCCCCCUCCCCAGUCCACCCCCGGGGCACUCAGCCUCGUAGCUCCGCCUCUGCCCUCCAGCCUCUGGGCCCGCACUCACAAGCAGGCACACCCAUGCCUGCCAGCCCCCAUUCCUCCUGGGGCCCAAGGGACCUGGGCCAGAGGCAAGAGAAUUUAGGCCCCUGAGCUUCCUCCACGGCACCCAGCUCCUCAGAAUGCUUGGGUCUGGGCCCGAGAGCAGGGGGAGAUUACUCUCUGCCCCUAUCCUGAGCUGGAAGGGCUGACAUGGCCCCAGGACCUGUGACCCUGAGCCCUGCCUCUCCCACAGGGUCCCACCUUAAUCACAGCAAAUACAUUUCCAUUUCCUGUGGCCUUCAACCAGUGAGCAAACAGCCUGCAACCAAACAUCUCUGUCUGUCUGUCUGUCCAUCCCACACCCCAACCACCAAGGAAAAAGGCUGUCCUGUGGGGCAUCUCUGCCGGUGUCUGGGGGCCUUCUCUCCCGAGGGGAGCAGUGGCCCCCACCUCUCGGAGAAGAGACCGCUGUUCUCCAGCUCUGGCCUGGGGCGCACAUGGGGUCCCUAGAGUCCGAGCCCCAGGAUAGGCCGCCCGCUGCGGGGGGGCCCUCCAUUCCAGGUGAUGCCCGGAAGUGGGGCCCAGCAUCCCAUCUGCGCUCCGAGCCUCGGCACCCCUCACCACGCUGCACCCUCCUCUGCUUCCACGGCAGUUUCUCUUUCCCCCUCUGCUGCCUCACACUCCCAGCCCAGCCUCUGAGUCGCCUGCCGCUCCCACCCAGCCUCUGCGCUCUGUCUUGCUGCCAGAACCAGAGACUCAUCUAAUUUCUAUAAUUAAGUGUAUUCAUUUACCUAACGAGCCCAGGAGCACAACAGAUUUGUGAGUCACUGUGUGAUGGGGUACACCCUGGGCAGGGGCAGCCGAGGGGUAGUAUGGGGACAGCCGUCCGGUCCCCACCCCUCCUGCAGUCAGCCUGCCACUCCCAGGGAGGGCUGAGCCCCAGCCCCUCCCCUGCCCCCCAGUGGUGCACAGAGCAGGGCUCCCCGGGCAGGCCCUCCGAAGCCUGGGGACGGAGGGGCGUCGUUUCCUCUCCACCUGAUGGGAAUGAGACCUGGCAGCAGAGCCGUGCGCCUGGCCAUUUUUAGAGUCAGAUUAUGCAACUUCGUGGAGGGAAUGACUAAGGAAAGGCAGUAGCUGCUUCGUCCGGGGUGGGCAGAGAUGGGUACGGCAGGACGGUAUUUGGGAGGAUGCCGGGAAAUCUGGGGGCCGUCCCAGAAGGCAAACUGGGCAAAAGGGUCAGAUCCUCUCCCGGAGGGCGGGCAGCCUCCCUGGGUCUGAGUCUCCUUCAGCCUCAGCCAGACCGGAAUGUGCCUUCCAGCAAGGUCUGUUCCAGGUGGGAGCCGGGGUGGCCCAGCCCUGCUGCAGUCUCCGGGGCCCGUCUCCCACUUGCUUCAAGAGUUGGGAAGAUACAGGGGUAUCGGUGCGACCACCGUGAAGAAGGAACAGGUCCCUGUAGGGGGCAGGGACAGGAAAGCCCUGUGGAUGAGGAUGGAGACGCCAGGAAGCUUCUCCCCUCUCCGAGUGCGAGGGCUCAGCUGCUCCUUCGUGAGGACAGCUUCAGCCCUGCCCCCACAGGGCUCCCUGGCUCUGGGGGCCCGGCUGUGACAGAGGCGUGGUGCUCAAGGCGUCCAGUGUAGCGUGGGCCCCACAGCUCUUUCCCCCUCUGACUUGCAUUUCUGCUUCUGGGGAACUGAGGUGGCUAUUUUGGCGGCAGCCCUGCGGUUGUCAGGAGCCCAGGUUUCCACGGCACCCACCGCCUCCUUCCCUCCCACAGGGACGGGCGUGCUCACAGCACCCCUGUGGCAGGCACAGAUGUCCCUGGGCGACAUGAUGCAGGAGUGCCAGGCUGGGGCCCCCAGCGCCUUGGGAGUGGGGCUCCCAUACGUCCCUCCCAGCCCUGACCCCCAUCCGAGAGACCCAAACCCUACAAAUGGGAGAGCCGAGUAGGCUGUCUGCCCCUCUCCUUCUCAGGACCUCAGCCUUCCCAGGGUGCUGAGGAAGGUUCUGGAACUCAGAGAGACCCCGGGCUCUGCCUGGGGAGGCUGUGCCUGCAGGGCCUCCAGGAAGGCCCUCCUUUUAGCGACAAUCUGAGAGCACAGUCUACUUCACCUUGCCUCAUGAAUUGGACCUGUACUUGUCUUCUAGAAGCCUUUCUCCUCUAUAGCUGGGGCUCAAGCCUCUCCUUGCAGAGCAGGGAAUCGGUCUGGUAGGAGUUGUUAACCUUACCUCCCAGUUUGUACUAGGGCUCCUAGAGACCCUAGUGCAAGGCCACUUCUCAGCCCCCAGGGCUUCUAAGAGGAAUGGCUGUGAGUUGGAACCAGAGGAGGGGGUGUCUGUUCAGCCCCGAGCCCAGGCUUCACUGGAGGAGGUCAGGAGGGGGGCUGCCAUUCACAGGCUUCCUGGGAGAGGAAGGCCUCUGCUCUUGGCAGAAAGCGUCACCUUCCAAAGUCCCUGCCCCUGCAGCAGCCUCCCUGCCUGUCCCAGCUGUGCCUGCACUGGGAGGGUAGGGCAAGGGCAGGCCCCGGCCACUGACCUCAUAGGCUUGGGGAGAAUGCCCAGAGGGCUCCCUGGGGGCUUUGCUUUCUGGCCUUCUCUCCUGACCCUCCCUGUGCUCCUGCCAGAUUGAGGAAGGGGGCUGGGCAGGCUAUGUCAGCCCAUGGAACAAUGGCAUGUCCCCAGGUGGUAGUGGCAGAUGGAGCCGUGGGGGGAAGCCCAAGUGGGGUGGGUGGUAGCCCGGGUGAUGGCUUGUGGGUUACAAGCCAAGCAGGAACCUCUCCCACCCCCCUGCCUCAUGCCAGG